AUGUUGUCGGUGCUUUGUGGAAUCAGUACCGUCUCGAGUGUCUCACUUACCCCAUUUCAAAGUUACUAUUACCAAGUGCGGAAACAAACGCCGCAAUCAUUACACCGUUUUAAGCAGAAACGAUGGUACUUUGUACGACAGAAGGACAGCGGCGAGACUUUCUACCGCAAACGGCACACGGGUCUGUGGCAGUCUUUGCAUUCGAAGACGGUAUAUUUUAGAGAUAAUUCAAGUGAACCGUUGAGACUUAUUCAAUAUCGUGGUGCUGGAGCUUGUGACGACACCGAAACACUGAUGCUGGAGAAUGAGUGUAACUGCAAGGUCGCGUUAAAACGUAACCUACACGGAUCUUACGUUUACAGCUCAAUUUGUCUCUGUCCGAUACUUAAUUGA